AUGAAAGAACUGUUACACAUUCACAAGCCUAUUAUGCUUGACAGUACCAACUUCGGGCACUGGAAGGUUAGGAUGCAACACAUCAUCAGAAGAGUUGAUGAAGAUGCUUGGACGUCUGUAGAAGAUGGUUGGGUUGCGCCUACUGUCAUCAUGGAGGAUAAGUCUGUGGAUGUUGAGCAAUUCAAGAUCAUACAAGGAUGUGAAUCUGCAAAGCAAGCUUGGGAUACACUCAUCAACCACUUUAAGGGGAACACAAGUGUGAGAAGAACUCGUCUUGAUCAUCUUGCCUCCAAGUUUGAAAAUCUGAGGAUGAGUGAUGAUGAGCCGAUUGAGGGGUUCAUAUGCAAGAUCAGCGAGCUGGCAAGUGAAGCAUCAGUCCUUAGUAAGAAGUAUGAAGAAAAGGACUUGGUAAAAAAAUUGUUGAGAUGCUUACCGCCACGAUUCGAGGCAUACAAGGCAGUCCUUACACUUGCUGUAGACACAGAUGAGAUGAAUUUUGAUCAACUCUCCGGAAUCCUGAAGGUACAUGACCUUGAGAAGAAUGAUAGGCAAGCUACAAAUCAGAAGAGCAUCGCCUUCAAAGCUGAGUCUCACGAUAGCCGUGUCACCAAGAUUGAAGAGAAUCUCAGCUUAAUAGCUCGAAACUUUAACAAGUACAUCAAGCGCAUGGAAAAGGGUAAUGGAAGAUCGAGUGGUCGGUAUCAACGGAAUGACAGUGAAAGAAGCAGUUCUCAGAGCUCAAGACAGGAGUCUAGCAAAAACACCAAGAAGUGUCAUGAGUGUGAUGGUUUCGGUCACUUUAGAAGCGAGUGUCCUCUAGCUAAGAGAAAGGAGCAAAAAUGCAUUGAGUGCAAAGACAUUGGUCAUAAUCGCAGUGAGUGUCCUAGUAUCCUUAAGAAGGAGAAGUCUCUUGUGAGUUUUAGUGAUACUGAAUCCGACAGCGACACUGAUGAAGGGGAGAUGCAUCAAAAUUUCAUGGCAUUGAUUGGUGAAGAAACUGGAAAAGCAACUGAUAUUGACAGUGAGGAUGAUGAGGAUUUCGAGCAAGAUCUUGAAGCUGAGUACAAGGAUCUCUUUAACAAGUUCUCUGAUCUUAGUCAUGAGAAUCUUUCGUUGCUUAAAGAAACUGCAAUGUUAAAGGCUCAGAUUAACAUACUGGAACUUGAUCAGCCCUCUGUCAAAACAAAGGAGUACUCUAUUGACAGGGAAUCUGACCAAGAAGUGCUUGCACUUAAGAGAGCUAUGACAGAGAAAGAACGAGUCUGCAAGGAAGCUGAAGCUCACGUGCAAAGGCUAAGUGAUCUCUUGACUAUGGAGACCGAUCGAAGCAGAUUACUUGAGAGUCAACUCACUGAGAAUCACAAGAAAAUUCGGAUGUUAUCAACGGGUACCGCAUCUCUUGAUCACAUACUGACUUUGGGACAGUGUCCAAGUCACAGCACUGGGCUGGGAUACAAGGGAUCUACCUCCACAACGACAGAAACAAAAUUUGUGAAGGAAGCUCCUAGGGAAGAAAGGAAACCUGAAGGAAAGCCUACUCAUGCUGAAAGGAACAAUCAUGUUCUUCCUAUACUAAGAAGACGUGGAAACGGGUGUCACUUCUGUGGAAAACGAGGACACAAUGUCAGGUUUUGUUACUUUCGAAGAAGUCAGUAUGAGAGAGCUUGGAGGUUGAACUUGUGCUUCACAGAACCAACAGCCUAUGGGUGUGUGUGGAUAGCUAAACGAGACUUAUACCCAAACUACAAGGAUCGCACUCCCUCAGUGUCACUUACCAUCCGUGCUGAGUCACACACUGAAGUCAACCAUGAUCUUGUCUGUAACUUCGUGAGGAUACAAGAAGAAACUGAAAUUGUGAGUCAUGUUGCGUACACCUCAGCUGAAGAAGCAUCACAGACACAACUUCCUUGGUACUUUGACAGUGGUUGCUCGAAGCAUAUGACUGGAAACGAAGAUUAUCUUGAGAAACUUGAACUUAUCAGAGGUGGAAAGGUUACGUUUGGAGAUGGUGGACAAGGUAAGAUUUGUGCUAUUGGGAUUACCUCCAGAUCUGAUGUACCUAAACUCUCAAAUGUCUACUUUGUUGAGGGACUCAAGGCGAAUCUCAUCAGUGUAAGUCAAUUGUGUGAUGAAGGAUUGGAAGUAAUCUUCAACAGCAAGGAAUGUCGUGCCAUUGAUGCAAGAAACAAUGUUGUGUUGAGAGGCAUUCGCUCAGGGAACAACUGUUAUCUUUGGAGACCUUCAAACGUGUGUUUUGCAGCUUCGGAGUCUAAACUUGAUCUAUGGCACAAGAAGUUGGGACAUAUGAAUACCAAUGGGCUCAACAGACUUGUAAGUGCUGAAGUGGUAAGAGGCGUUCCUGACUUGGAGAAACAAACGGAUACUGUAUGCGGAGGAUGCUGUCAAGGAAAGCAAGUCAAAGUGCAACACAAACAAAUUUCAGAGAUCAGAUCUACACGAAUAUUGGAGCUGGUUCAUAUGGAUCUUAUGGGUCCGAUCACCCCUGCAAGCAUUGCUGGUAAGCGAUAUAUCUUUGUGAUGGUUGAUGAUUUCUCCAGGUACACGUGGGUUGAUUUCUUACGCCACAAGUCUGACGCCCUUGAGAGUUUUAAAAUUAUGGCUCUUCAACUCAAGCAAGACAAGGGUGGAAUCAUUCAGAUUAAGAGCGAUCAUGGUGGUGAGUUUCAAAACGAAGAGUUUGAUAAGUUCUGUCACAGUCAAGGUAUUCGUCAUCAGUAUGCUGCACCUAGAACUCCUCAGCAGAAAGGAGUUGUGGAAAGAAAGAAUAGAACACUGCAAGAAAUGGCGAGAGCUAUGUUGUGUGGAAAUAGUGUUCCAUCAGGCUUCUGGGCAGAAGCAAUUAGCACUGCAUGCUAUGUGAUAAAUCGAGUCUAUGUCAAGCCUAAGACCAAGACUACGCCAUAUGAGAUCUUCAAGGGCAAAACCCCAAAUCUGAGUCACUUGCAUGUAUUUGGAUGCUUAUGCUACAUUCUGAAUGACAAAGAACAUCUUGGAAAAUUCGAGGCAAGAAGCGACAUAGGUAUGUUUUUGGGAUACUCAGUAAACAGCUCUGCCUACCGUGUGUUCAACCAACGCACCAAGUUCAUUGGUGACAAUGUUAAUGUUGUCUUUGAUGACAAUAUUGGAUUCUAUGAGGCUCGGGUAACACAAACUAUUGAGAGUGUCACACAAAGUCCGUCAAAAGAAGCUGAAAGCGAAGGGCAAGAUGAGCCUGAAGACAAUGAUGACCCUGAGAUGACUAAAGUCGAUCUAGACCAGAGCAAAGUGCAUAAGAAUCAUUCCUCAGCUGAUGUCAUUGGAGGACUAUUUGAUGAAAGGGUUACACGAAAGAAGCAAAUUAACUUCAAAUAG